AUGACCAAGCUUUUCACCCCCCUGCGCGUUGGGCGCAUGGAUCUCGCCCACCGCAUCACCAUGGCGCCAAUGACUCGUUUCCGUGUGGACGAUGACCACGUCCCCUUGCCUCUUGUCAAGGAACACUACGCUCAGCGUGCCUCCUUGCCCGGCACGCUGAUCAUCACCGAGGCCACGCUCAUCUCCCCGCGCGCCGGUCUUUACCCCAACGUUCCUGGUAUCUGGAACGACGCCCAAAUCGCCGCCUGGAAAGAAGUCACCGAGGCGGUGCACGCCAAGGGCUCCUACAUCUACCUCCAACUCUGGGCUCUCGGCCGUGUCGCCAGCGCCGAUCUUCUCAAGGCCGCCGGUUACGACCUCGUCUCCGCCAGCGACAUUCCUGUUUCCAGCGAUGCGCCCACUCCCCGCCCGCUCAACGAAGAUGAGAUCCAGGCGUUCAUCCAGGAUUACGCCCAGGCGGCGCGCAACGCUGUCGCAGCCGGCUUCGAUGGUGUCGAGAUCCACGGUGCCAACGGCUACUUGAUCGAUCAGUUCAUCCAGGACGUCUCCAACAAGCGAACAGACCGCUGGGGUGGCAGCGUGGAGAACCGUGCCCGGUUCGCGAUCGAAGUCACCCGUGCCGUGGCCGACGCCAUUGGAGCCGACCGCACCGGAAUUCGUUUCAGUCCUUGGAGUACAUUCCAGUCCAUGAAGAUGGCAGACCCGCGCCCGCAGUUCUCGUAUCUGGCGCGCGAGCUUGCCCCGCUCAAGUUGGCUUACACGCAUCUGGUCGAGGCUCGCAUUGCUGGCAAUGCGGACUGCGAGAGUGAAGAAGAGUUGACUUUCUUCCUGGACGCGUACCGUGGCGCCGGCCCCGUCGUCAUCGCGGGUGGAUACCAGCCCGAGACUGCGAAGGAGGCCGUCGAUGAAAAGUACAAAGACCACGACGUGGUGAUUGGCUUUGGUCGUCCUUACACCUCGAACCCUGAUCUGCCCUUCCGCGUGAAGAACAACAUCCCUCUUGUGCCUCACAAUCGCGACACUUUAUACAACGCCAAGGAUAGCAAGGGUUACAAUGAUUGGGAAUUCAGUGCGGAGUUCAAGAAGGCCAUGGAGGCCCAGGCUUAA